GGUGGCGGCGGGGGAAGGAAGGUGCUGGAAGCGGUCCGGCGGGUGUCCAGGUGGCGGCAGCUGUCUUUUCUCCUCUCUUGACUGGCGGCUCCAACUGAGGGACAAAAAUAUCCCAAACUGAGGCUCUUACGGCGAGUCCUCUGGGCCUCUGGACCCUGACCGUCCCGUCCACAGCCUCACGCGUCACCUCAACACCCCCCUACUGAACCCCAACAUGGUACAGCUGGAGCCGUCGGCUAUUUUAGAAAGUGCCAGUGGAAUCCCAGCUGUCAGUCUGAAGCUCACUGAGGUUAGAGAAGAAGACAUGGAGUUUGUGGAAGUGUUUGACUCUCCAGGGAAAGGCAGGGGCCUGCGGGCCACCAAAGAGGCUUGGGCCGGAGACGUUCUGUUCGCUGAACCCCCUUUUGCAUCUGUGGUGUUUGACAGUUACGCCGCCAGGGUCUGUCACGGCUGUUUCCGGCGUCAGGAGAAGCUGCAGCGAUGCGGACAGUGCAGGUUUGCGCAGUACUGCGACAGGACGUGUCAGCGCGCCGCCUGGGAAGAACACAAGCAAGAGUGUGCUGCUAUCAAGAGCUACGGCAAAGUGCCCAAUGAAAACGUCCGUCUCGCCGCCCGCAUCUUGUGGCGUAUGGAUAAGGAGGGCAGUGUGGUGUCGGACAUGCAGCUGACCACCCUGGACGAGCUGGAGGACCACAUCUGUGACAUCACCGGCGAUGACCUGAAGGACUUCAAAGUCGACAUACACAAUUUCCUAGACUUCUGGCCUCGUUCCAGCAAACCGCACACGGUGGACAGCGUCUCGCACAUCCUCGGAGUGAUCAACUGUAACGGGUUCGUGGUGAGCGAUCAGAGAGGUCUGCAUGCGGUCGGUGUCGGCUUGUUUCCCAACUUGUGUCUGGUCAACCACGACUGCUGGCCCAACUGCACCGUCAUACUCAACAACGGCAAUCAGUCGGCUGUCGAUACUAUGUAUCACUCUCAGAAGAGAAUCGAGCUGCGAGCGCUGGGUAAGAUCAGUCCCGGAGAAGAAGUGACCGUGUCGUAUGUGGACUAUCUCAACCUGUCUGAAGAUCGCAGGCGUUUGCUGAAGCAGCAGUAUUUCUUCGACUGCACCUGCGAGCACUGCACCAACAAAACCAAAGAUGACCUGAAGAUGGCCGGAGCAGAGGUGGACGGAGUGAAGGUACCAGAAGAGAAGGUGAAAGAGAUCACAGAAUACAGCCGGAUAAUGCUGGAGAAGAUGGAGAAGGCCCGGAUAGAAGCCAACUACAACGAGGUGGUGAAGAUCUGCCGCGAGUGUGUGGAGAAGCAGGAGAACGUCCUGGCCGACACACACAUCUAUCAGCUGCGCAUGUGGUGCACGCUCAGCGAGGUGCUGUCCUACCUGCAGUUCUUCGAGGAGGCGUCUACGUACGCGCGCAAGAUGGUGGAGGGAUACCUAAAACUGUACCAUCCCAACAACGCUCAGCUGGGAAUGGCUACGAUGAGGGCCGGCGUGACGCACUGGCAGGCGGGGCUGAUAGAGGUCGGUCACGGCAUGAUCUGCAAGGCUUACGCCAUCCUAAUGAUCACCCACGGCCCGAUGCAUCCCAUCACCAAAGACCUGGAGGCCAUGCGUGUACAGACAGAGAUGGAGCUGCGCAUGUUUAAGCAGAACGAGUACGUGUAUCACUCGAUGCGCGAGGCGGCGCUGCAGAACCAGCCCAUGAAGAUGAUGGGAGAACCGGUCGCUGAGAGCAUCAAGAACCUGUUCCGCAGGAAGUGACCUCACACACCGACGACACGAUCCACUGUGACAGACACGCUCAGGUCAACCGUAGACUCGCAUUUUACAUUCAGCAGCUUUUAUUCUAAGCGACUAAGAAAAAACAAUAAUAUAAAACACACUCUUAGAAGAAGCUUCUAUAUGAAACUCAGUUUUGAAGAAAGAAACACAAAAGAUUUAUAUAAGGAGAAAUACUUUCAUGUUUAGUGAUAAAGUAUGUUUACAGACUGCAUUAAAAAAAAACUGAAUUAAAACAAAAUUAAUUCAUUAAACCUAAAUCCAGUGCUUGUAAUUGAUUUUCAUGUAAUCUGGAUUACGUAAUCAGAUUCCAAAAAUGAAGUACUUGUAUUUUGAUUACUUUACAUUUAAAAAUACUCGUAGACUACAGUUACUAUUCUAUUGAUCACAUGAUUACAUGCUAUUCUCACAAUGGCAGUAAAUUAUUUAUAAUUCAUUGAUUUUCCCUACUACUACUACUUUUUUUCAAAAAGCUUAUAUCCGUUCAGAAGCUCUUCCAAGGUUUGUGUAAUCGCACACACAGCAUUUGAUCACUGGAUUUACAGAAUCAUUUCAAGUGUUUUCUCAACGUCACACUCUAAAAAAUAACUGUAAAAAAACUAAACAAGUUUACACAGUAAAACGCCGUUUUCCACUGAAACGGUAAUAUACCAUUAAACAAUGCAUUUUGGGUAAUAUUAUGUCAUUUUCGAGAAAGUAACCUAUAAACUACUUUCUCGGAAAUCACAAAUAUUACCCAGAAUGCAUAAUUUUUACCGUAUGUUACUUCUGUAUAUUACAAUGCAUUCUGGGUAAUAUUAUUUGUCAUUUUCGAGGAAGUAUCCUUUUGUUCUCUUUUCUUAAAAUGACAAAUAUUACCCAGAAUGCAGUGUUUUUAUGGUAUAUUACUGUUUCAAUGGAAAACGGUAUUUUACUGUGUAAAUUUGUUUAGUGUUUUUACAGUUAUUUUUUAGAGUGUAUCUAAUCAGCUCCUGACGAACACAUUAAUUAUGAUUUGAAUUGUCUUUGGAAGGCUUUUGACACAUUAAAAUGUACAAAUUCAUGUCAUUCAUUCAAGGUUUCAUAUUUACAUGCAGUAUAUGUACUUGAUGCACCUCUGAGAUUUCAAGUUAAUAAGUUAGGUAAAAAAACAAUAAAAUGUCAUAAAUAAUAAUAAUAAUAUAUUCAUGGUUCUAUGAUGUCAGUUAAUGGUCACAUGACAUGCAGAUAAAAUAUUUUUAGCAAGUGUUUAUUUACAUUUUUUAUUUUAAAAUUAUUUUAAUUUACUUUUUUUAUGAUUUAUUUAGUUGAUAGUUUUUCAUUAAACUCACAAAUAUCAACAUGAUAUAAGAUUAUCCUCUUUAAAUUAAUGUGAUAAACGAGGUCAAAAGUAAUCUAAAAGUAAUUAGAUUGUUACCUUAAAUGUAUAAGCUGAUGGAUUUCAUUACUAACUACAAUUUUUGUCAAGUAAUUUGGAACAUUUUGCAAGUAAUCCACCCAGACUAAAUCCACAAAACAAUCCCAUGAACCCUCUAAGGAUCUACAGAAGCGUUUCUUCUAAUAGUGCAGGUUUAUUAGACAAACCGAAUCUGUACAUUUAGAGAUUUAUCAUUUUCUAAAUCACGUGACCAUAUCAAGGUCACACGGGUUUUUUUAGGCUGUUCUUUGUUUUUGAGUGUAAAGUGUUUUUGUAAUUAAAGGUUUAAAUGAG